AUGCACCAGAUUUACAGCUGCAGCGAUGAAAAUUUAGAAGUUUUCACUGUGAUUUCUUCCAAAUCAUGUAGUCCUGCCCGAAGACGAGCCAAAGCUUCACAGCACAUCCUUGCAAAGAGCGUGGUGGCCCUCUCGGAGCGCCGGCCCCAGCAGGGUGAGCAUCUCCUGCGUGUGCUGUACGAGGAGGAGGCGCGGGGCAGCCCCGGGCAGUGCAGAGCCGGCCCCAGCAAAGGCACUGCCCAGCACCCUGGAAUUCCUGAACAAGAGUCAUCCAAGUCCUAUAAUCACCUGUUGGAUGGAAAAUCUUUGAUUCCUCCAUCUCCAGUUGCCCAUAUCACGGUGAAAGCUGUGGCUGUCACAGGCUCGCCCACACGCGACCGCGCUUCUACAGAAGACCACAGGCAGCACUGGAGGAAGACAACAGAGUAUGACUUGUCCCUGCCACCAGGAGCAGAAGCUUCCCUGCCACUGACGGGAGGCAACCUGUGUGGGACACCCAGCCUCCUGAGGAAGAUGUGGAUGAAGCACAAGAAGAAGUCAGAGUACCUGGGGGCAACAAACAGUGCCUUUGAGGCGGACUGA